CGAUUACUACACGCCCUAGCCAUCCUGUCCACCGACCACAAUGCCGACCAGGGGCCACCGCACAGCGAGUGGGCUCACCCGCACGCAUUCGCGCACCAGCUCGGGCGGCGGCGGCGGGUCCAAGAUCGGGCUUAAUCUCCAGCUCACACAGAAGGAUGUAGUACCGCCACCAAGGCUGCCUGAUAAAUCGAGGAAGAAUGCGCACGUUCAUCACGAGUCCGCGUUCGGGAGGGCCGCAAGCGGCCAUCACAUUGCAUCGCGCGAACACAUUGCGCCGGUGCAACUGCGACGCGUACCGACUCCGCUCAGCACCGUUCAGACACAGGAAAGCAAGCACAAGGUCGGAUUUACGAUCUCGAGCCCGUCCGAAGGCGACGAUGACGAUUGGAUUGAGAGCGAGAGCGGAGCUGCUACGCCCAACAAUGCCUGCGAUUCCGAUACCGAGGGAGCGUCCACUCCCAUCGAAUCGAACAAGCCUACUACACCGCCUGCUGAGCUGCAAGUCAUCGAUUUUCCCAAAGAAGAUGUCCAGACUCCGAAGGCGGAACAGCCACCAGUGCUUCGCAAUCCGACCUUAGAGCUGCCCUCGUCUGCCCCAACUGUGAAAGAUCAUGCACAACCACCCACACCGCCUUCCCCACCGCCACAGCCGGCGUCCCAGCCACAAGAGCCGGCACGUCAUGAUCAGCGCCCUCUUCAACCAGAACGACCCUCUAACCCUCCAGCUCCCCCGAUAACCAAGUCCCGUUCCGCGACACAUUCUCCGAGCAGACGUUCGCCCACCUCGCCGACCCCUAAACGCCAGGCUGUGACAAGACCGCCAUCGACACAUUCUGUGGCAAGCAGGGGCGACGGCGCUCCUUUACGGCCACAUCCGCUCAUCCGUGGUCACUCUUACGGUCCAUUCCCGGCAAAGCCCGCGCCGCUGGCACCCUUGACAAUGGUGUCCUCAGACGCCGCGCAAGCUCAGAUGUCUACCGCUCCUUCGCCGACGAGCCUUCACGGCGGUUCACCAACCAGUGCGAUAUCGGCAUCGCCCGAUGCGUCUUCUCCCGCGUCUUCUCAAGCACGCAGGCAGCUGAGGAGAACGUCUACCUCGUCCGUUGCAUCGAGCGCUACUCUGCCAGCUCAGCAUACCGCAAGUCACGCGAAGGGCAGCCAUGACCGCCAGCGCACGAUGUCCACGUUGUCGACAUCUUCUUCCUUUGCAGCCUUGUCCAGCCUCGGCAUCCGCUCAACCCCGUCCCCCACACGCCCCCCCAUCCGGAUUACUUCGCAUUUCUCUGCUACCCCGUCGAGUUCCGAUCUUGAAGCUAUACAUCCGCUUUUGCCGCCUCCAUAUCUCAACGCCCAUAUGACGGUACUUGCGUACCGCAAUCCUAUCCGGGAGUCCUAUGACAGGAUCACCCGCGCCAAGCAGGCUCGUUGAUCCGUGUGGUAGCCGUAGACGGGAUGGUAUCUGGAUAUCUGGACUUGCAUUUGAUUAUUAGCUUUCCAUAUGUAAUUCUAUGGCUUCGUGACCGCUCAUGCUUCGGAUUUUUGCAGCACGUACCUGUACCGCGUAGAUUUCUUUAUCGGAUUUUACAGCGCGAUUCGAGUGCUUGAACACAUGCAAGGCAUCUAUGCAUAGCUGUAACAACCACGCUGGUUUCGCAAGUCCUCAUCCUCAACUCCAGCACGCUGUUCCAACACGCUCCUCGGACCCGUAAAACCGGGAACGCGUCACAUGGACCAACCCGAGAUACAUGCGC